AUGCCUCCGACCGGACCUCGUGUCAUGGAUUCCCCAAUCAGGCCAAGCCCGCCCGGUCUAGAACGCCGGUGGAAAGCCCCAGGCCGAGGACACAAGUUCUUCUUGGGCUGUCAGUCUCUUGUGUCUGGGCCUCUGGGUCAUUUCCCAAGCGUCAUUAUUCUCCUUGCGAGCCGCUGGCCUGACUUGACGACUCUUCUUCUCUCUUUCUUUCCUCUUUCUUUCUCUUCCUCCUUUCUCUACGGUUUCUCUUUGCUUCCUUCUACUCGUUUCCUUCCCUUUUCCUGUUUCUCUUUCUCUCCUGCAAUCUCUCUCCUUUCCCCACCGUGUCAUCACCAUUCAUCUCCCUCCACAUCCUCGCUUCCUUCUUUUUACCUGGGCCUCGUCCGCCUUUCUUCUCUCUGCCGCCCCCGGUCUUCUUUCAACCCAUUAUCCCCCUCUCCACCAAUCUCUCGCCCAACCCUCUUAAGAGUCAACCCGCGCGAGACUUGA